UUUAUAUCACACCUCUUUUUCCCAUCUUUCACUUCAUGAAAAUUGAUAAAACCAGUUGAAAGUUAGCUGACAACUUCACCUACUUCAAUUCAUUUCUCAUUUGCUAUAUUACCCAAUUUUACUCUUUAUAUUGUUUGUUCAAAGAAUCAUCACUCUUCAGACUACCCUUGUGUUGGUUUCAGUUUCACUGCCUUAAAGGUUUAGAGUUGAGUAAUAAUCAAAGAUGGCAAACUCAGAUGAACCAGUUGUUAUUGGAGAAGUAGCAGGCAAUGUGAGAUUGAUUACUCUAAAUCGGCCUCGUCAUCUCAACGUGAUUUCGCCAGAAACGGUUUCUCUGUUAGCAGGAUAUUUGGAAAACUGGGAGAAGGAUGAGAAUGUUGAACUUAUAUUAAUCAAGGGAGCAGGCCGUGCAUUUUCAGCUGGAGGGGAUUUAAAGGUGUUCUAUGGGGGAAAGGAUACAAAGGACUCCUGCCUCGAAGUGGUUUAUAGGAUGUAUUGGCUUUGUCAUCACAUCCACACCUACAAGAAAACUCAGGUUGCUCUUGUUAAUGGUAUUGCCAUGGGUGGAGGUGCAUCAUUGAUGGUUCCGAUGAAAUUUUCCGUUGUUACAGAAAAAACGGUUUUUGCUACUCCUGAAGCUGCAAUUGGAUUACACACUGACUGUGGCUUCUCUUACAUACAUUCUCGUUUGCCUGGUCACUUGGGUGAGUUCUUAGCUUUAACUGGAACAAGAUUAAAUGGCAAGGAACUGGUUGCAGCUGGACUAGCUACUCAUUUUGUGCCUUCUGAGAAAUUACCUGAGCUAGAGAAACACUUGGUUAGCUUGAAUAAGGGUGACAAGGAUGCAGUGAAGUCAUUGAUUGAAGAGUUCUCUUCAGAAGUUCAGAUUGAUGCAAGCAGCAUUUUGAACAAGCAGUCGAUAAUUGACGAAUGCUUUUCAAAGGAUUCAGUGGAAGAGAUUAUAGAAUCAUUUGAAGCUGCAUCACUGAAAGAAGGAAAUGGAUGGAUUGGCCCAGUUCUUAAGGGGCUGAAGAGAUCAUCUCCUACUGGAUUGAAAAUCACAUUGAGAUCGGUACGUGAAGGAAGGAAACAAACUUUGUCUGAAUGUCUUAAAAGAGAGUUUAGACUCACUAUCAACAUUCUAAGAAGAAUUAUAUCAGAUGAUAUGUAUGAGGGAAUCAGAGCUCUCACCAUUGACAAGGAUAACGCUCCAAAGUGGGACCCCCCAAGUCUUGACAAAGUGCUAGAUAAGGAUUUGGACACAGUAUUCCAUCCGUACGAAGCUCAUUUGGAACUUCAAGUUCCAGAAAGCGAAGAAAGCAGAUGGGAUGGAAAGUACGAGAAUUCAGCUUAUGCAACAUUGAAAGUCUCAGAAGUAUAAUAGAACGUUUUUUAUGCUUCAGUGUAUGGAAUUGAACUGUCAUCGAAUAAUCUUGUGAUUAGUUAUGAACAGAGAUAAAUUUGUAACAAGUAUUUUCCCAAGUAAUGAAAGUAGUAUCAAAUAACUUGGUGAAAACCAAAAUGCAUCUUGUAUGAUUUCUUAUUUGUAUUGUGAGGUGGCAGUUGAGGAACGUAGAAUAUAGUAUCUACGAUGUGUAGGUUGAUUCCGUAGGGUUGUUACCGUUUGUUUGACAUACUUGGGGCUGCGCAGUGCUGAAUUUUCAGGAGUUUUAAGUCUCAGGGGUGUCAAUGUCUCUUGUGUGUGUGCGCGCGCGCAUACAAGGAAUAAGCUUGAAACUUUAAUCAAGUGUUUGGCUUUUGGAUUUCCUUCGCAUUAAUGGUCUAAUGGAGGGUGGCGUUUCUCAUGACCAGUUUGGUAGGCAAUAAUGGUAGAAAUAUUUUUAUUUGUAAAUUUGUAAUAGAAGUAGAAGUAUUGUGACAAUAUUGAAGAACCUUAAUGUGUGAAUAACAUGGAAGAAGGCUUAUUUUGAUUA